UACAUGUGGUCGCCAUCUUUGACCGGUCAUAGUCCCAGCAGAGUCUUUCUUUUACCAGAUCCCGUCUACGGAUUUUAUUAGACAUUUUCUGCUUUUACUGUCUAUGAGCAGAGUCCGUUUCCUAUUAGACUAGAUUAGAUUAUUUUCUCGUCCUAGUUGCGUAGCAGCAGAAGAAAAAGCAAGAUGCCAGAACACUGUGCAGCACAUUCCUGCUCAAAUCGGCGUACCAUCGCGAACAGGGCUCGGGGGAUUACUUUUCACAGAAGGUUUCCCAAGGACAAAGAUGUGAGGAAAAAGUGGGAAGUGGCUUUGAGGAGAGAAGGAUUCACUGCAAGUGCUUCAUCAGUGCUUUGCUCUAAGCAUUUUAAGCAGGGCGAUUUUGAUAGGACGGGUCAGACUGUCCGACUUCGAGAUGGUGUUAUUCCAUCCGUCUUCAGCUUCCCGGUUCGCCUCAAAAGAUUGGAAAAGGGCAGGGCUACAUCUACCUACAGAAGAGCUAAAGAAAGGCUGCCCGUUGCCUCUCAGGAUUCCCAAGAAAUGGCAACCUCACACCCACAACCUCAGCCUAACGAUGAUCAUGGCUAUGCCUUGCCUGCUUCUCCUAGCGCUCUUAAGAGCAGACUCAAUGAAGCCUUGGCAAGAGUGGAAAGUCUGGAGCGAGAGAAAAAGAAUGCUGUGGCCAGAGAAAAGAGGGCAAAGACGGCAGUGAAGAGUCUUUUGGGGGAUUUAAAGAACAUCAUUACCGAAGGUUGUCAAUGAAGGUACCAAAGAAGGCACUCAAGAAUGGGUACUUGUCGGUCAUCAGAUUUGUCGGAUUCCUGAACUGCUCCAAGUUCAGUGGUAUGCUCACCUACAGGUUCCACCAGGGUCACUUGGAGCUCCUAUUUAAUUCAAUCAGAGCGUCAGGCGGCUGGAAUAACACUCCAUCGGCACGCCAGUUCCAGACCAUCUUCCGCCGUCUGAAGGUUCGGUGUGGUGUCUCGCCUGGUGAGGCAAGCAAUGUGGCAGCCCAAGACAGCACUGUGUCCCUGUCUGCUGUGGAGAUGUCCUCUGCUGAAGAGCACCUAUCUCCAUCGGCCAACAUUUCGGCCCUUUGUGUGUGACCAGUUAUCUCCCCACUCGGUUUAAUGGUCUGGUGGAAAAUGUUUUGGUCUACAUAGCAGGGUUUGUAGUCCGGCAGAUUCUACGAAAGCUGUCCUGUGAUAUGUGCCGUGCGAGCUUAGUCAGAGAUGCUGAACCAUCUUCAUUUGACAAGAGCUACCACCUUCUAGCCCUGAAAAACAACGGCGGCCUAGUGAUUCCAACACAAGGCACAGUGAAGGUUUGAUUUUAUUAUCUUGCUUUUUUAAUCUCUCAAAGUGUUGACAGUCACACACAUCGUAUGGGAAGGUUGGAACGGAGGAUGUUUUUCUGCUUGGGGAACACAUUGAGGAGACAGUUUGGCUUGUCAUUCUGACUUCUUGUCAUUGGUUGUGUCUGUGUUUCUCAAGAUAAGGCUGCACCACAUUGCCAAACUCCCCUCUCUUGAACUGCAGAAAGGGAGCACGAGAAAAGCUCUACAAAACGGUCCUCAUUCAAAGCUUUCGUGUGUGUGUGUGUGUGUGUGUGUGUGUUGGGAGGGGGGCUGCUAAAUGUCAAGGGCUGGGAGGAGAUGGUUGCAGAAGAAUGUGGUAGUACAGUGUGUGUGUGUGUGUGUGUGACUGAGAGAGGCAAAUAUAAAAAGCUUCAAGUAGACUCUAAUAUAAUCAUAUAUUGUUUCUUCAACUUAUUAAAAUAUCUGAAUUUACUGCCACUAUCUGUUUCUGCUUCUCUAUCAUAUUUAUAUGAAUGUAUGUGGGGAUAACGGGAGGCUAGAGAGGGGGGCUGUCUGUCAACAGCUGGACAUGUAUGUUUUGUAUUGUCUUAUAUUAUUUUAGAAAUAUAUUUUAGAACUCUAUUUUUUUAUCAGCACCAAGGGGACUGCCAUCCAGUUUCGUUGUAUUCUGUGCAAUAAAAUUAAAGAAUUCUAUUCUG